AUGUCAUCUUCGACCAGCGAAGGAGAGCCCUCGGGCCAUGGUGUUGACGUUGACGGCCAGAUCACAUACUCCAAUAUGUGGCUCAUCCCUGCCGCAUGUCUCAUCAUGCUGACAAUGGCCCUUGUUGGUGAUGCCGAAGUGUGGAUGGAUACAGGAACGCCUAUUGAUGUGGUCGGCUUGCACAUAAGCAACGAAGAGAGAAGACGCAAGCCAGACAUGAAGACAGCAAGCGAGCAGCAGUCCAUGGUGGAAACACCGAACGGACACGAAGACAGCGCAGCAACCGAAGUGGCAGCAGCAGUCGACACGCCGACACCAUGCACCACGGCUUGA